CGCCUUCGCCUUCGUGUCCCCAAAUCGAAUCGCAUCCGCAUCCCUAACUCCUCGCGACGCCGCCGACGCCACCGCCGGAGCCGACGCCCCUCCUCCGCCUCCAGCCCUCCUCCGUCCACCCCCCAACUUGUUGGGCCUGCGCUUUGUGGUAAACCACUCUUUCAUCAAUGGAGAGCACAGAACCCUUACAGGAUAUCAUGUGUGAAUUUCGUGCGGGUAAGAUGUCCCUUGAUGGAACACGAGUGGUCCCAGACACACGCAAGGGUCUUGUUCGUAUAGGAAGGGGUGAAGAAGGCUUGGUUCAUUUUCAAUGGCUUGAUCGUGCACAGAACCUAGUCGAAGAUGAUCAAAUUGUCUUCCCUGAGGAGGCUGUCUUUGAGAAGGUGACACAAUCUUCUGGAAGGGUUUACAUCUUGAAGUUCAGGCACGAUAGCAGGAAAUUCUUCUUCUGGAUGCAGGAGCCAAGUGCUGAUGACGACUCACAAAUAUGUCGCCAAGUCAACGCCUACAUAAACCGACCGUUAGAUGGUGAGGCUGUUUCUAUAGAAGCAGAAAUGUCACAUGAAGAUACAGCUGAUGAUGACAUCUCCUCCAGAGCUGGGAAUUUAGUUGAUCAGAGCAUGACUGCUGAUUAUGCUGGUGAGGUGACAUCUGCUGCUGGGCCAGUACGGUUGGAAGACCUUCAGAGAAUAUUGAGUGCCAUACAGCCAUCAGAUGCUGUGGUAGACCCUGACGCUGGAUUAGGAUUAGGAGACAUCUUGAAGCUUGAUUUGGUGUUGCCACUCAUGGAAACUUUGCCCAUUGAACAGUUGGCAUCAUAUCUUCCAGAGGGCCCAUGGACUGCUGGUGAUAUUCUUGAACUACUGCAAAGCCCUCCUCUGCGACAGCAAGUAGAAGCGUUUACCCAUGUGCUACGGACUGGGCAAAUAGAUCUAGCUCAGUUUGGAGUUGACCCAAGUAAAUAUAAAUUCACAGUAGCCUCGUUCCUGGAGGCUCUUGAAGACUCGGUGGCAAAAGCUUCAGGAGCUGGAGACAAGGAUUCAGGGUCGCAGAAAGGUAGUGGAAAUGAUCCCAUGGACGAGAGCUAAUGUCGCAGCAUUUGGUGUAUAGCUCAAAACGUUUGGUAUGAGACACGCAAACUGGGACUUGUCUUUUUGGGCACGCACAGGCCUAUCUAUGCAUUUGAUUAUAGAUGCUUGAUAGGUAUGCCAUUGCAUGGCAUAAAUAUUUUGAGAAUUGGUUUUUAUUCUGCACUGCCUGUGCUGUUGGAGAUAUAUGUAUACCGGGGAGGAUACGGUGGUUUUUUGCCUGUUGGCACUGUGUAUGCUCCAGUUGCUUGUGUAGUAGCCGAGUUGGGCGUACAGUCUACGGACGGUUUCUCCCAAAUUCGAGUUGAUCCA